AUGUCUGGUAUCCAGAACCUCCAUUCUUUGGACCCCUUUGCUGAUGCAAGUAAGGGUGAUGACUUGCUUCCUGCUGACACUGAAGGUUAUAUCCAUAUAAGAAUUCAACAGAGAAACGGCAGGAAGACCUUUACUACUACUGUCCAAGGGAUCGCUGAUGAUUACAAUAAAAAGGAACUAGUGAAGCCAUUUAAGAAGAAAUUUGCCUGUAAUGAUACUGAAAUUGAGCAUACAGAAUAUGGAGAAGUAAUUCAGCUACAGGGUGGCCAGUGCAAGAACAUAUGCCAGUUCCUGGAAGAGACUGGACUGGCUAAGGACUAUCAGUUGAAGGUUCAUGGGUUUUAAGGGCUUGUGGCUCACUGAAGCUUAAGUGAGAAUUUCCUUGCAAUGAGUAGAAUUUCCCUUCUGUCCCUUGUCACAAGUUUAAAAACCUCACAGUUUGUAUAAUGUAACCAU